AUGAGUUCCGGUCAGAAUGAAUGUUCCAAAAUAAUUUUAAAAGACAAAGAUGGUAAUCAUCUCAUAUCUGUUGAUUACUUCAAAAAUAAGAACAAUGCCAAGUAUCAAUUCCUAACUCAUGCUCACAAAGUUGAUGCGAUCACUGAAACAUGGAUCAAGCCAAUUUACUGCUCGAGGGAAACGGCUAAAAUUCUUCCUACGUUGACCAGAGGCACUUCUGGUACAGGAGUUCUAACUCGAUUUUUGAGGAACUUAGAAGUGGGACAAACGUUGAAACUGGAGAAAGGGCUACAAGUAACUGUCUUUGACUCUAAUCAUUGCUAUGGGUCUGUGAUGUAUUUGUUCGAAGGGUCAAAACUGGAGUUUAGUCCAGUCCUAUGCACUGGUCAUUUCAAAGCUGAUACCCAUUUCUUCACCAGGUUCGACAACUCUCCACAGUAUGAGGCCUUGAAAAAGAGUAAAAUUCACACAGUUUAUUUUGAUAACAGAAUGAUCAAUGAUGAUAACUUCCUAUCCAAGAGUGAGGUGAUAAACGGAAUCGUAAACUUGGCCACACGUCAUCCCUUAGCAGUGUGUUUGCUUCCAGUUCAUCACCUGGGGAAAGAAGAUAUUUUGGAAUCUAUCUCAAAUACCUUGAACGAAUGUGUUGAAUUAUAUGACACUCGCUUUGAGGUUCAUCAAAUCAGGUCUGGAUACGAGUCUGUUCCCGGAAAUUUCGUUGAACCUUCUGUGAACUCUGUAAGGAUAAGGGCUAUUGCCAGAAAUGGAGUGAACUUGAACGAUUACUUGAAGAAUUCUUCUAUAGCUAACUACAUAAUAUGUGACAUUUCUCAUUCGGAGCUGUAUGAGACGGUUACUCCUUCUUCUAACUACUCGAGAUUCCGAUACACCGAACAUUCCUGUCGUUCUGAGAUUCUAAAAUUUUUGAGAAGUUUGAGAUUCGAAAAUAUGAUUCCCGUUGGUAGUUCUCUCAAGCCAGAGGAUAGAACCAGUAUCCUAGCUGAACAAACAGAGAAAGAGUCAGUUCACACCCAGCUUAUCGAUGAAAGCACUAUGUUUGCUCCUCCUGCUUUAGUGCCGGAGCCAACAAUACAAUUAACAAAAAUGGAAUCGAAACCAGCUGUAGCUUUAACCAUCAGUGAUUCGAUAUCCUCAACUCCUGAUGUCAUACCUCAGACUGCUUCUUCGCCUUCCAAGAACCAAACUGCUCCGCCUUCUGAUGUUCCGAUAACUCUUGAAAGUUCGGCACAGGCAUGUAUAUCAGAUCCGAUUCACAGCUCAAUACCAAUUCCCAACAAUGCACAUGCGCAAGAACCUGCGACUUCCAUGACAGUAUCUGAACAAGAUACAAUACAUACUUCUGACACGCAGCCGAUGCCCAACCACACUAACGUUCUGAUGCCAAUGGUUGACCAUAAUUCAGUUCCAAUCCCUGAUGAAACUACUCUACCAAUCACGGAACAAAACUCAGUAAACAUCCAUAACCACAACGCAGGACCACUCCCUGGACAUGAUGUAGUGCAUUAUGACGACAACGAAUACCAUAAUUACUAUCCACAGCCCUCAACUUCUGUUCCGAAUGGCACAGCAGAGAGGGAGAGUGAAAACACUUACUACAAUAACGAGUAUUAUAACAUGGAAGGACAUCAUGGUAAGCCUUGCUUGGCUACAUGGGAUGCGAACUAUUCGGAGGAGCCAUCAACUCAACGACCUGUGAUAAUACUGUCUCAUGAUCCAAUUCCAUCAGAACAAUACUACGAAGCACCAAAGUAUUAUAGUACUCAUCCGGAGAGCGGAGAGCACCAAGAAUACGUACAAUUGGAAGAGGGGGAGGAGAUUUUCAUAACACAUGAUGGGAUUGCUGAGUUUUUUGUACCUGCCUCAGAGUCCGACAUGAUGCACGGAGAAAACAUUGUUAUCACAGAGUAUGUUGGAGAGCCUAGCACAUCGAAUCUAGAAUCUAUCCAACAUGAAACUAACAACUUCCGAAUACCGGAACUUCCUGAGCCUGCUCCAAAACCUAAAAAAAAGAGAAUUCGUAUCAAACGUGACGAUGGCUUGGAAUCAGUAGGAGAGGUAGUUAAGGCGAACACUAAAAUGCUUCGUUUAUUGGAAAAGAUUGAUAGAGAGAAAGCGGCGGAGAAGAACGGCGAAUCUGUUCUCCGAAGACUUAGCGAAACGGAAAAUCUGAAUCCCUCAACAAGAAGUAUCUUCCGAAAGGAAGGUACAUGCAUUCAUAACAUAUCGUAUGAUGGUAUCUGUGUGGACUGUAUCCUCCCAGCGUUUGAUGUGAGUGUUCUCUCUCCACGAAAAAGAAAUGCUUUAAAAGCAACAGCUCCUUUGGAAUGUGGCGUGCGGAAGAAAAGAAUUCCUAACCCAUCACUGUUCUAA